UUCACUAUUCAAUCUGCUUAUGUCAUAUUGUUAUAUAAAAGACAUAUUGGUAUUAUAUAUAUUACUAUUAUUAUUAUAUAUAUUACUAUAUAAUAUUGCUUUUAUAAGUAACUUCUGAGGAUUUAUACCUGAUAGUAUGGUGAUUUACCAAUGAGUGAGGCCAUAAAUUAAGAUUAAUUUUGAAUGAUGAAAAACUCCAUUUAUGCUUAAUGAGCUCAUUUGUCUAUGUCAUCUAAUAAAUAAACAUGUUAACAUUUUUUCAGAACCUACUAGCUAACAUCUGAUUAGACAUCAUGAAUCCACAAAAUCUGGAACUGUGUAGCAAACUGAUUUCACAUUCUUAUGUGAAGCAAGGGACACAAGCAAGAGUUUCACAUGAAAAUAAAAUAAAACAGUUAUUGCAACAUAGAAAAUUGCCAGAGGAGGGAUGGGAUGAUCAAACUAUAGAGCUUCUUCUUCAAGAGCUAUCUAUUAUGGACAGCAACAAUUUUCCUGGAAAUUGUGGUGUAGGAGAGAGAGAAGGAAGAAUAGCUUCAGCCAUUGUAGAAAAGAGACAUUAUAGACUUUGUCAUGGAAUAGGACGAUCGGGAGAUAUUACUGCAGUGCAACCAAAAGCUGCUGGUUCAAGUGUUCUUAUGAAGCUUACAAACAGUUUAGCCCUUGAUAUUAUUAAAUUUUCAGGUAUAAAUUUAGCCUCAAGUUGUUUUGUAGUUCCAAUGGCAACAGGAAUGACGUUAGUUUUGUGUAUGCUAACUAUGAAACUUAGAAGGCCCAAUGCUAAAUUUGUAUUGUGGCCAAGAAUUGAUCAAAAAUCUUGCUUCAAAUCAAUCGUUACUGCAGGUCUGCAGCCCAUUGUUAUUGAGAAUAUUCUUGAAGGAGAUGAACUUAGAACUGACUUAGAAGGAAUAAAACACAAAAUUGAAGAAUUAGGUGCUGAUAAUAUUGUUUGUAUCAUGACCACAACUAGUUGUUUUGCACCUCGAUCUCCUGACAGAAUAGAGCAGAUCAGUACUAUUUGUAAAGAAAAAGACAUACCUCAUUUGAUAAAUAAUGCUUAUGGUCUGCAGUCUUCAAAAUUGACUCACCUUAUCCAACAGUCAGCACGUGUUGGGAGAGUAGAUGCUUUUGUUCAAAGUUUAGAUAAAAAUUUUAUGGUUCCUGUUGGCGGAGCUAUUGUAGUAGGUUUCGACAAAAAUUUAAUUGAAGAAAUCGGCAAAUCUUAUCCAGGACGAGCAUCAAUAACUCCAUCUUUGGAUCUAUUCAUUACAUUAUUGAGUUUGGGUUCAAAGGGCUAUAAAAGUUUGCUUCAAGAACGAAAAGAAUUAUUUAUUUACCUUUCCAAUUCUCUCUCUAUCUGUGCUGAGAAAUAUGGAGAACGAAUACUUCAGACAAAGAAUAAUCCAAUUUCCUUAGGUAUUACUCUAACACUAGAAGAUGAUCUCAAGGGGGAAAAAGCCACAGAGAUUGGAUCUAUGUUGUUUACUAGAAACGUAUCUGGAACAAGAGUGGUGGCUCCAGGCAAAGAUGCUGAAGUUAGUGGUCAUCUCUUUAAAAACUUUGGUUCUCACAGCAAUAACUAUCCAUAUUCUUAUCUGACUGCUGCAGCAUCUAUAGGUAUAACCAAAGAAGAUGUGGAUGUAUUUGUCAACCGCUUAGAAAAAGUAUUCUUAAAAAUCAAAUCGAAAAAAAGCGAGAAUAUUCCUUUAAUUCAAAAAGAUGGUGAAAUUCUUCAACCUGAGCAUAAAGCGGAUCAUGUGGAUGCUGUCAGAUAAUUAACAAUGUUUUAGUAUUGUUAAAAUUUUGUAAAAAGCAGUAUCUUUCAAAGACUAGGUUAAUCAUUAAUUUUAUCAGUCCUUUGAAAAUGUAUUGACUGAUGCUACAUUUACAUGGCUUUCAGUAUUUUCAAUAGUAGGUCUAUAUCACCAUGUCCAGUAGUUUUGUUGCCUUCAUAAUGGUGGGUGAUAAUGUCAGAUGAAAAUAUUGUUUAAUUGCAAGUUUACUUUUUUAAAAAGAAUAAGUGAAACAUUUCAAUCAACAUUAAAAAGUAAAAAAAAAUGUAAAAAGCAUUAGAAAUGAGAACAAAAAAAAAGCAUCCCAAAUGAUAUUGAUAAAGGAGUUAUUUGAUACUGGUGUGAUCUGAUGGUUUACCAAAAAAAAAAAGUAACCACAAUAAUAGUUCUAAUUACUGUGUAUCAGUUGAGAUUCUAUCAAUUGUUAUUGAAAUUUUAUGUUAAUUGCUCUUGUGCCACAUGUAUAUGUCAACAUUCCAUUAACAAGUAUUGACAAUUUGAAUGUUUCUUUAAAUUGUUGUUUUUUUUUUAACUAAAAUGUUCAUAUUUUUUACUGCAAGAAAACACUCAUCUGAUAAAUUCAUAAAAUCAUGUAGUGGAACCCACUAAUAUUACAUUUGGGAGUUAUGAAGAAUUAAAAAUGUUAGUAUUACACUCAUGUUAUGCUCACUCAUUUUUCUUCAAGUGUUGAAAAAGUGUAGUUGGAACUCCAUAUUUCACUGCUACAGCUUUCUAGGGAUUUUUUUUUUUGUGUGUGUUGUUGUUGAGGUUCUGCAGCAAUGCUAUUUUCAUUUCAACUGUAAGAUUUGAAUUUUCAAAGAGCUUGAACAAAUUGACAAUGCCAUUCAGUUCAGAACUUAGAAAAUAGCAAUAUGGCAAGUGAAAGUGAUUUGAACACAGUGCACAUUUGUGCAUGACUGUGAGAGGAAAGGAUGAGAGGUUUCAGUUAUCCAGUCUUUCUCCCUCACUUAGUUACUAGUCACACCACCUAGACUGGACCUGACAGCUCCAAUACAUUGAAGUAAUAUUUCAGAAGUAAUAUUUCAUAUAGCCAUGUUCAGAAACAAAAAUUAAAUUUUAGAAAUCCAUUGAAAGCAGCAUUUUGAUAAAUUGACAAGGCAAAGAUGGAAAAAAAACUAACAAUGAAGAGGAUUCGAACAAAACUAAAGCUUCCACUUAUAGCCUUAAGAAGUUUGUUGAUUGUGCAUAGAAACAAGAUUUUUACCACCAAUAUGUCUGCUGUGCCCAAAUCACGUGACUAUGUCUACCAACCCAUUUAUUUCAUAGCAGUAUCACUAGUUUAUUCUUUCUUUCAAUUCAUCAGUAACAAACAUUGCUAAGACUAAUAGUCAUUCACAUUUGUAGAUAAUCUAAAUCUUUUUCAUAAAAAUUGUUUUAAAUAAACUACUGUUGUUGUUUUUUUUAACUUUAAAAAGUUUGUGCCAUGACAAUUAUUUAUCAAAGCUAGUGUAAUAUGUUUUUAACUGUUAUGAAUACAUAGACUUUGAAUUAGUGCUAUCAAGUUCUAACAGAAUGAUUCAGUUGCAGUUCAAUUAAAUCAUCCUGUGUAUAUGGUAUAUUUUAGAGCCAUAAAAAAUAAAUGCAUUAACCUAUUUUUAAAUCAAUACUAUGUAACACUAAUUUCUAAACUAGCAAAGACUUCUGAAAUUCUAUAGUGUUGGUAAACAGUAAAAUAUGAAAGCCAUUUAUAAGAUAACAUGUAAGCAAUUUAAUUUCUAAUGCAUAAUAGUAAUAAUUGUAAGCAAUUUUAAAAUUGGUGUUUUAUUAUUUAGAUGUGGUUGGUUUCUGAGGGAAUUCUCCUUUCAAAAUUUCUCCAGAUUUUGUGAUAGCAAAAUUGUAAUCACUCCUACUGUCUAAUAGCUUCUCUAUUUCAGCAUCUAAUUUGUCUGCUGUAAUACUGGUGAUGAACUCUGAUGACAUAGCCUGUAUAAAAAUAUAAAACAUAUGGAAGUAAAGAUACUGUACCACUUUCUUUUAAAUGUUUUUUUUUAAACUUAUGUGUAGAAUAAAAAAAAAAUUGUGUCAAACUUGAAAAUAUAAAACUUUACUAGAGUUCUUAUUUUUAAAAUAACAACAAAAUAAUUUAUUACCAAUUUCAAAGUAGUUUCAAACUACUGUCGAUUGAUAUAAAUAAAAAUGUUUGACUUACAA